UCAUGGUGGACACGUAAUUCGCCGGCAAGGUUUCAUCAGAAAUAUUAGCGAAUUUACCAAGAUGGACACAACAGACUUUCAUUUUAAUCUCCUUGUCAAUGCAGCACUGUCUGUUCUUGGAUUCCUGAUAUGUUACAAAGUGAUUCCACCGUUUGGGGAAAUGUUUAUACAAGCACAUCUGUUUGGUAUAGACCAGAGUAAAACAACCAAAGCAAAAGUCCCUGAAGCUUUAGGUGUAAUUUGUGGAGCCAUUUUCCUGAUAAUUAUGUUCCUUUUUAUACCAGUUCCCUUCUACAAACAUCUUUACUACACAGAAAAUUACAAGAGUUUUCCUCAUAAUGAGUAUAUAGAAUACAUAGCAGCACUAUUAUCAAUAUGCUGUAUGAUAUUCCUGGGUUUUGCUGAUGAUGUGUUAAACCUGAAGUGGCGACAUAAAGUCAUGUUACCAACCAUUGCUUCACUACCUUUAUUGAUGGUCUACUUUGUCAACGUUGGAUCUACUACAAUUGUGGUACCAAAACCUUUCAGGAUGUACCUAGGACAUGAUGUUGAUUUGAGUAUCUUGUAUUAUGUUUAUAUGGGUAUGUUAGCUGUAUUCUGUACCAAUGCUAUAAAUAUACUGGCUGGAGUGAAUGGUCUGGAAGCUGGACAAUCAUUUGUUAUUGCUGUUUCUGUUGUUAUAUUCAACAUCCUAGAAUUGUCAGUUGAUAAUAAAAAUGAAUUAGUAAAAAGAUGUUGUACAGAGGCACAUGUUUUUAGUUUAUAUUUUAUGAUGCCAUUUAUAGGAGUGUGUUUAGCUUUGCUCAUUCAUAACUGGUAUCCAUCUCGUGUGUUUGUUGGAGAUACAUUCUGUUAUUUCUCAGGGAUGACAUUUGCUGUUGUAGCUAUACUAGGACAUUUUAGUAAAACUAUGUUACUGUUUUUUAUACCACAAGUUGUCAACUUUGUGUAUUCAGUUCCACAAUUAUUUAAAUUUGUUCCAUGUCCACGUCAUAGAUUACCAAGAUAUAAUAGUAAAACAGACAAAGUGGAAAUGAGUUGCACAAAAUACAAAUAUAGUCAAUUAAACAUUAUUGGAAAGUUAUGUGUGACAAUAUUUCGAUUAUUACGAGUGUUAGAUGUAAAGGAUAAUGUAGGGGAAGAUGGACAAUACACAGAGUGUAACAAUAUGACAUUAAUAAAUCUUAUAUUGAAGUUUACUGGUCCAUUACAUGAGAGAACUCUAGUUAUCAUACUUAUGGCAAUACAGGUCUUAUGUAGUGGAGUAGCAUUUUUCAUCAGAUAUCAUCUAGCCAAGUUAUUCUAUGAUUAACAGAGAAAACUAUAAACACAACAUAUGUACAGCUGAGGAUUGCUUGGUCAAAACUUUCCAUUAUUUUUU